CCGGGCGGCACGAAACAGCACGAGCGCGUCGAGGGUCGUUUCUCGCGCGAGGAAGGAAGCGUUCGCGAGGCCUCAGGGGUCACGAACGAAGGCGAAGGCGUCGAAGGCGCUCGACUCCGGCGGAGACGUGUUCGUAGCGCGCCAAAACAUCACCGACGCGACCGACAAAGCCCCGCGCUUCGAAACCAUGGCCGGGUUCGCGCGCGCGACGGGGAUGCGCUCGGGCCGCCCGCUCGCGAACGACGCGCACGAUAAGCAGUGGUACACGCUCGUCAAGCUGGACGAGUACGGCGGCGUCGGGCACGUCGUCAGCGACCGCGAGCUGCAGGAGCUCGAAGACCUCAUCCUGAGCGGCGAGGACCCGAGCGACGACUCGUCGUUCAACGAUGGGCAGACGCUCAGCGGGGACGAGUCGCGCGAGGACGACUCCGUGGACGGCGAGGAGCCGUACAGCGAGGACACGGGGCCGCUGAGGCUGCCGGUGCAGGUGGCCGCGCAUCAGAAACCGGGCGGGCCGUGCGACCACUGCGGGGCGCAAGACUCCCCGCAGUGGCGCCGCGGGCCCGCGUCGAAACCGAUGCUGUGCAACGCGUGCGGGACGCGAUACCGACGCACGAACAACCUCGGACCGUCCACGCCGCUCGGAAGGGUCGCCGCGCCCCCACACGGGGCGUCGCACCAGGCUGCCAACAUCGCGAAGAAACGGUCGCCGCCGGUCUCGCCGUCGAGCACGUUGAAUCCCGGGAACAAGAAGGGGCGGUGCGGGACGGGGAUGAACGUGUACGAGCGAUACGGCGCCGGCGUUCGCGCGUGAACGCGACGGCGGCGAUGAUUACUAUUUUGAAACGCGGCGAGAGACCACGACGGAGUCGUUCGGUCGGAGCCAGCCCUCAGCGCGCUUUGUCGCGGUGGCGCGACGAGGGGAAUUAAGAUAAUACAUCAUAACAUAGUUCUGUAAGUUAACAGGGGGGCAGAGAGAGGGUGCGGGACGGGAGAGAGUGGGUGGAGCGGGGCUGUCGUCAGAACGAAUCAUCUGUCGGUGAUGACGCGUCGUUCGCUCGCGCGCGGGACGCGUCGCGAGUGAUUGGACGGGGGGACGGCCGCCUCGACGUCGAGCGGCGGCUCGGUAGAGAGAACAACAAAAACGAACAACAUUUAAUAUAGCACCGCAAACAAAUAAAC